CCUCCUUCCCAGGGAGGUAUUGCGGGCAUGCGCACUGGCCAUCCCAGUGCCGCCACCCAUCAGCUGAGAAUCGCAGCUGGGGGCUCUGCGGCCCUUGGGUGCCCGCGGCUAAAGAAGAAGAAGGAAGCAGAGCAAGUCGGGGUGACUGCUUAGAAAACUGCACAGCCCACCAACAGCUGAUGAAAUUAGUGAACAAGCAAAUCAACCAUGUCUUACACUCCAGGAAUUGGUGGUGACCCAGCCCAGCUGGCCCAGCGUAUCUCUUCCAACAUCCAGAAGAUCACACAAUGUUCCGUGGAAAUACAAAGGACUCUGAAUCAACUUGGAACACCUCAAGAUACACCUGAAUUGAGGCAACAGCUGCAACAGAAGCAGCAGUAUACGAACCAACUUGCCAAAGAAACAGACAAGUACAUUAAAGAAUUUGGAUCUCUGCCCACUACCCCCAGUGAACAGCGUCAAAGGAAAAUACAGAAAGACCGCUUAGUGGCUGAAUUCACAACAUCACUGACAAACUUUCAGAAGGUGCAGAGGCAAGCUGCUGAGAAAGAGAAAGAAUUUGUUGCUCGAGUAAGAGCCAGUUCCAGAGUUUCUGGUGGUUUUCCUGAGGAGACCUCAAAAGAAAGAAAUCUUGUAUCCUGGGAAAGCCAAACUCAGCCUCAAGUGCAAGUGCAGGAUGAAGAAAUUACAGAGGAUGACCUUCGCCUUAUUCAUGAGCGAGAGUCUUCUAUUAGGCAACUUGAAGCUGAUAUUAUGGAUAUUAAUGAAAUAUUUAAAGACUUGGGGAUGAUGAUUCAUGAACAAGGAGAUGUAAUAGAUAGCAUAGAAGCCAAUGUGGAAAGCUCAGAGGUGCACGUUCAGCAGGCGAACCAGCAGCUGUCAAGGGCAGCAGAUUAUCAGCGCAAAUCCAGAAAAACGCUGUGCAUCAUCAUUUUUAUCCUUGUUGUCGGAGUUGUAAUUAUCGGCUUCAUAAUAUGGAGAGUGAAAAGCUAAGAUUAUAAAGGCGCACACUAUUGCACUACACUAUGUCAAUUACGUAGGAAGACUCCGUUAAUCAUGGUGGGUUUUUAUUAUUAUUUUAAAGCUGUUGCCUAAAGAGUGGUUCCUAUACUUUGUUAUUUUUAUUUGGGGGAAGUUUUCUUUGAAUUAAAUCUGAUAUUUUCUAAUACUGAAAGUUUUUCUAAAUAUCACUGCUGGCAUAACUUUCAUGCUUUCAGUCUAAUAACUGUCAGGUUUUUGCCCACAUCGUGUAUGCCUUUCAUUUAUAAUUUAUUUAUCCUGUUGAUUUAGUUUUGGGACUUGGUAAACCUGAAGGUGUAGGUGUUCUCUGUGCAUCUCUCUCUCUGUCACAGUGUAACAUGCACCCACGUUUAUAUUACUUCAAUUACAACUCUUCAGUUUAAUUUUAAUGUGGGCCAGCAGAGGAAAUAGUCUCAAUAACUUAAAUAAAUUAACAUAUAUGUUUGUGGGAGUUGUUUCUUUCUGGUUCUUAGCAGCACAAAUUGUCUAUUUAACUUUUUUUGUUGUUGUUAUUGUCUUAAGAUCCUUGUUUAUUCUGAAAUCAAGGAGUAACUUGCUAGUAUAUCCCAUAGUCCUGAUGUGUAUAUAGUAAGCAUUUGCUGUAGAUUGCCUAGUAGAAUACCCAGCAUAGAUUGUUUUUACAUAGGCUUGUUUUAAGUCUGGCGUUCGUUUGCGGGGAAUUGUGUAGUCACUGUAAAUGUUUAAUGUAAUUUGGAGAAAGAUUAUGACAAAUCAAUACCUAUUGUGUUAGAAUUCUAAAGAUCCCAGCUUGUUAUUCUGCUGUGUAUUUCCACAGCUAUUAUGAUGGAAAAUUACCUACCUUUCCUUACAUCCUAUAGAGUAAUGGUUAUGUUUGCAUCCUUGGGUCACAAUGACUUUGGGGAAGUAACUUUCCCACAGUUAAUUGUUUUUGAGCAUUUAACACAAAAUUCUGUUUCCUUUGCGUACUGUUGUGUACCAUCUUUCAUUGGAAAAGGAGUUGGAUGUUUGCCAGUUAACUCACUUGCCUUUUUUAAUCAAUGUUGUUUUAAUGUACUAACCUGAAUACUGUAAAGAAGAUUAUCUUAGUUUAUAGUUUGUAUUUUAUAAUGUUCUUAUAUCACAGUUUGAUAGUGAAGGCAGUGUUUUACAUGGCAAGCUAUGAGACUUCAAAUGGGAACAAAUACAAUAUUAAGUAACUAAGUAAAUUGUAUCUUUGCAGCCAAAAUAAAGAUGAUUUUAAAAGUG